UUGCGCUCUGGUGCACCAAAAGCUGCCAGUCUCAUGGGAUCCGAUUCCGAUAUGAACGAAGAUAUGCCGGCAAUUCCAGAGAUAGGCUCUCAACCUGCUCGCCUUCACACCCCAAACGUUAAUUAUGACUUCUCUCGUGUAUGCUCGAAAAUGCGAGUCUAUGGAGACGGCCUUCUUCAUUUCCCGCAAACCCCGUAUUUUCUUCGACCGCAGCCUGUUCUGGAUGCAGAUGUACCCCCGCUUCCGCCAACAAAUAUCGCACAUGUUUUGAUGCGACAUUAUUUCUCUUGUGUCCAUUGUCUGUAUCCAGUUCUCCACUGGCCUACCAUUUUACAUGUUUACGAGAGAGUCCAUCAGACAGGGACCCUACAAGGUGUCUCGAGGGGUUGGGCUGCUGUCUUUUUUGCCCUGUUGGGCUGUGGGUCUCUGCAUUCCCUUGAUCGAGACUUAAUUGCCAAAGGUAAGGAAUAUAUCAAAACCAGUAUGGGCUUGAUCGACCUUUGGCAAAAUACGUUCUCGAUUGAGCAAGCUCGCGGCGCAAUGCUGGUGAGCAUCUACUUGUCUGAACUAAACAUCAACUCUGUCAGCUGGGUAUGGCUUGGUGCGGCAGUACGGAUUGCUCAGGACCUUGGUUUCCACAUGGAGUCAGGCCCAUGGGAGCCGAUGGAUGGUGAAAUGCGGAAACGCGUAUGGUGGUCCAUUUACUCGUGGGAGAGAUUGAGCGCUUUGGAACUUGGCCGCCCACUCGCAAUUAUUGACGAGGACUGUGAUAUUUCACUUCCAUCCUCAAUCGAAGAGCAACUUAUCCAAGAAGGGACUCCGGCCCCAGAUCAGAAAUCAAAUCCCUUACUCGUUAUAGUCCACAUAAUGCGCUGCGUUUCGCAACUUACGAAAGCUCUCAAAAGUUUGGUUAUAUCGAGUGAUACCCUGGAGCUAUUUGAUCGGCAUUUCCGGGCUUGUUUAAACAGCUUCCCGGCGGAUUAUCACAUGCAGUCAAAUCAAUACUUGGAUCCACGAUCGCUUUCCCCUGUUAUUAUUCUCCAGAACACCAGGUUAGUUCUACACCGCCAUAACCUCUCUCCCGGAUGUCCACCGGAGAUCCGGAAUAUCGCCAUGGAUCAUUGUUUGGCAGUUGCUCGCGAUACUACUGGGAUUUUGACCAGAUGCAUGCGCUCGCCAACCUCUGGAGAACCUGGAGCUCCCUCGAAAGUCAACGGCGAUGACUGGCGCUAUCUAUUAGCUGCAGCCGCCACUUCCGUGAUUUGCAAGCAUAUUUGGCGGUGCAUUCUGCUAUUGUUAUGCAGAGCCGAUUAUGCUGCUGCACUAGUAUGCAUACAAGCCUGUUCUGCAAUCGGAGAUGCCAGAGCAGUGAACAUUGCUUCGGGCCGGUACAUCACCUUCUUCUUGAAGUUUCUACUUGAAAAGCAGCAGAAAGAAGGCUCCUUUAACUUUGUGGAUGAUGAGGAACUUAUGGCCUACGUGUCGGGCGAUCUGCAAAGUUCUAUGGAUACCUCGUGGGUUUGGAGGUCAACCUGCUCCAACCCGUCCUUAGAUAUAGGGGCCAAGCCACCAUCUAGCACGCUAGUCACAUCGAGCCCACCAUUGAAGACGGAGUCUGCGGACACCGCUCGAGCAGACGGUGCCGAAACUGAUGACCAAGCACAAGAUUGGGAAGGAUGGGGCUGGGUUGAAAUGGUAACGCAGCGCUUGUUAGCUGAGCAGCAACAGCAGAACAAUGCUAUUUCUCCUAACGGUCUAGACAAUCCACGUCUUGAUCGCCCAGUCCCUAAUGGCGUUAACGCCUCUUGCCGCUCUCCCGAGACGGCCACCAGCCCAUGUCAAAAGAGCAACAUCUCUAAGAUGACAAUUGCGAAUAUUAUAUGA